AUGGAUUCCUUACCAGAUGACAUUUGGUUGGAGGUGUUUUCUUUCCUUUCUCAGAAAGAUCUUCUCAGAGCUGCUCUUGUUUGUCGGACCUGGAAAAGACUGUCACGUGACAGCUCUCUCUGGUCAUGCCUUGAUCUCCAACCGUACGCCAGAUCGCUCAGAGAAGAUAUUAUACUGAGGCUUUUGAAUACUAUGUUUGCACCUCUCGGUAGACAACUCAACCUCAGUAAGAAUUUGGUGACCACGCAAAUUUUAAAAACCAUAUUUGAAACCUGCCAUCGACUGCAAAGUUUAAGUCUGAACAACAGCAGAUUCCAUUCCAUCGGGCCUUGGCUUGAAAGGAGAGUGGAUCAGGUGGAAACCUUAAUAUUUAUGGAUUUAAGAAACGCAAGUGGAUUCGCUGCUGGAAUUGAGGACAUUUUGCAAAAAGCAUACAACUUAAAGUAUCUAGGUAAGUAAACCGGUCUCUUUGUAUAGCGCAGAUAACAAGGAGAAGAUGUAUUGAUCGCUUGUUACCAGUGAAACUUUUCAUUGGUAUUUCCCAAAGUAAGAAGCUUUACUGAUCUAAAAAUUCAUCGAUUUUCUUCAGAUCGGACGUCCCUUGAGUUGUCGCAUUGACAAGGUUCAUUUUAAGAGCAUUUAAUAAACAAUAAUUGGAUGAUGUUUUUAUGUUAACACUUGUAGAUACCUUAACUAGACUUGCCCACAAGUGGAGCUCACAAUUUUUUUCGAGCGCGAAGCCCAAGCUAGAAAUUCUUUAUGAUUUCGGCGGCAAAGCGAGCGACGGAGAGAGGUGGAGCCUUCUACCGGAACCGGAAACGAGAUGCUUUGAGAAAGUCUACCGUAUUGCAUCAGUCAAUUCCAGCUGCGCCCAGCCCCUCCCCCCGAGCCACUGCGGGGCAUUUGCCCGCCUUGUCAGUCCCGGGGGUGGGGCAUUUGCAAAUUUUGCACUGCCUGGGGGCCGGGCAUUUGCCAACCCCGGGGCCAUAAUAUAACUACACAGAAGGUUUUACUGGAAAAAAAGCAGAUUGGCUCACCAGCCAAGGACAGGAAUAAAUUGAAGAGGGUUGUAAAGGCAUGUUCUCGAUUUUAUGCAUGCAUUUCUUCAUUACUUAUGAAGCCAGAAUUACAUAGCGAAAACCGGAGCUAUCGAUGUGAAUCAACGUUUUUGGUUAGAAUAAAAUUUCUGUUAAUAUUAUUUGAAGAACAUCCUUUCAUACUUAUAAAACUAUUCAUAACAUUAAAGUUACAGCGCUCUAUUAAUUUUAAUCUCAAUAAUUUAUAUCAAUACUAAAACCAUAAACUGGUGCAUGUCGUCGCGGCGUGAAGUCUUCAUUAGAAUCCUACCGCUAUUACAAAGGAAGACGUUAAUUGAAACAAAAAAUCGCAGAUUAAAAUGCUUAAAAUGGCAUUAUUCGACUGUGCGAUCAAUGAAAGUGCAGUGUUGACGAAGGACGGGGCAUUUACCCUCUUUUUGCGUCCCCACCCCGGGGGAUUUGACAGCUCAAGAGUCCCCACCCCCGGGAAUUUGCCAUCCGAGGCAAAAAAAAUGCUAAUGACGGGGGUCAGCCCCGGGGGGGGGGGAGGAGGGCUGGGCGCAGCUGGCAUUGACUGAUGCAGAACUAUCACCGACAACCUCCCAAAAAAACGAAUUUCUUGAUUGUUUUAUUGUACAUAUUUAUUAAAAUAACGCACGGAACACAGUUCAUUAUCUUUCAUAAAAAAGGGCUAGAAAGUGUAGAAAUUCAGCUUGAAAAUCAUGCAUUCCACGCACAACCCAUAGAUUCACAUAAAUUUAAGCUAAUGCAGAAAGCGUAAUACAAUGUAGCACAAUCACAAUCAUCAAUCACCUCAUGGAGAGGGAAAGUAAUUCUGAGUUCCAUGCACAUGAAGAAGAAUGUCAGCAAAUAUCGAUAGGCUUACUUAUUCCUGAUUGAUUAAGCUGUGUGACAUUUUUCGAUCAAUUAAACAAAGCACACAAAUCGUCAAAUUGAUUGAACAGUUAGGGCUCGUGUUAUGAGUCGGCCCUAGCCAGCCAGACCAGUCCAAUCGUAGAGAAAAUUUCUCUACUAAUCAACACUAUCCCAUCAAGCUCGUCCCCAGGGUCUUCCCGCCCCUCCUAUUUUCUAUGGAAAAAGCCCUGGGAAUGAGGUAGGCGUGGCAUACCCUCCCAAGAGCCAUAAUGGGACAGAGAGAGAGUCUUAAGGCGUUGGCCGGGAUAUGUGAGUUUCACUAAAGUUAUUUUUAGAGGUUGUAAUUAAAGGGAAGUCUAAUUCCUGAGACGUCCGCACAUUUUAAUCGAUGCUUGUCAGACCCUGUAAUAUGCAUUGUAAUGGCGACUGUUGAAUAUUCAACAUGACCUAAUCGACCGGGAUUUACAGGCGUCUAGGUUUCGGCAGCAAUAUUCCAGAUGAGUCUGUUGAACGGCCUGGUGAGUGCGUUUCACUAAAAGAAGUUCAGUAAGCGGUCCUACUCGUAAGCGCAAGAUAAGUGAUGUUUUGUCUUCCCUCGGCGGGAAAGCGAGGGGAAGAAAUUCCCUUAUCGCGGUGAAAGCUUUAAAAGGCCUUCUUGAACACGUGAAUUUAAAUCCUCGCCAAAUGUAAUACCUGUGUCGAACAGUCACUGAAAAAAAUCAAAAUAACAAUGUUAAUGUAACAAUGAAUCGAUAAGUAAAAAAUCUGGUUUCAGUUUUUUUCAGUUCCUUUUUGUAUCUUCGAUUGUGACAUAACGUUUAAACUCUAAAAAGCUAAUUUUUAAAUAGGGGUCUUGCUUUUUCUAUAUUGUUUAAAGGAUAUUUUGAAUUAUGCGCUUUUCUUUUUCCAAUUUAUUUCAAAAUUAAGAAAGUUCAGAGUCAUUUCCAAAAAUAAAACGAAGUUGAGUAAUUUAAAAACAGGUUUAUUGCUCGAACUGAGAAUUGCUCUCUUUUUUUUAUUUUCGUUCUGCAGGUCUUCACUGUUGUAUCAGUCCUCGACUGUUUAGAAGCAUAUUCAGCGGAAAACACCAGCUCCGUUUCUUAGACUGUACACAAUGUGACUGGGUCACUGAUGAUAGUAUCCACAUCGUUGCUGAAAACUGCCCCUUUAUGGAAUCUUUAACUCUCGCAAAGUGUCGCAACAUCCAAGGGAAAUCAUUAUCAAGUCUAUUGAGCAACUGCCCAAAGCUAAAGACGCUCAUAUUAGAAGGGACCCAGAUAAAAGACGAAUACCUAGGAACAGCCGACUGGGAAAACACCAGGAUCAUUGAGUUAAACGUGCUAAGCUGUUAUCGACUGUCAUUUUCCGGCCUUUCUGCGGUAUUACCAAAACUAAAGCGCCUGCGCUACUUAAAGUGCGCGAUGACCGAUGAAAUUUUUCGUCUCAUAGUGGACGGCUUUCCGUUGUUAGAGGUUUUCUUUCUUCAUCGACGCUAUCCAGUUACCGUUCAAAGCGUCAGUGAUUUGCUCUUUCACUGUCCGAGUGUUACCUGCUUAGAUAUUUCAUCUAUCCCAUUAGCGUUUGUUUAUUUUGAGACCUUUUUACCCCGUAUGCCCCGGCUUCAACUGUUAAGCUUUGCAGGUAACGAACUCUUGGGUACAGAGAACAUUAUACGUUCGCUUGCAAGAAAUUGCAUUGACUUACAAGUGAUAUGUGUUAAUUAUUUUCACUCGACAAACAACUUCGAAAUCGAGCGCUCCUUUGUAUUUUUGCUUCAAAGAUGCCGUAAGCUCAAGGAAGUUAUUUUAAACGGUUUGUUCGUGAACAAUUUAGUUGUGUCUAUACGGAGCUUAGGGUAUUAUGUGUGCGAUAGAGACGAUAUAUUGGUAGCAGAAAAUAAACACUUUUUUCUUCCUGGACCUCAAAACAGUCUUGAUAAUGUUAAGUUAUAG